AUGGAAGAACACACAUCGGGGAUCAGUAAGUCAUUCGAGGGCUCUCUUACCAUGGAGCUAAUGGGGAAGAUCAUGGCGGCGGCCAUUUUCAUCCUCUUUUUGGUGAUUGUGUUUGUUUUGAUUUUACAGCUUUAUUCCAGAUGGUUGUUGUCCCGCAUUGAUGAAUCGUCGUCGGAUUCUGCCAUUCUGCGUCGGUCUGAUCAGGAGUCUUCUGUAGCUACAAUGACGAAAGGGCUCGAUGCUGAUGUACUCCGGUUGAUUCCGGUAGUGGUGUUCUCGCCGGAGGAUUUCAAAGAAGGGUUGGAAUGUGCUGUGUGUUUGUCGGAGUUGGCUCAGGGUGAGAAAGCUCGGUUGCUUCCAAGGUGCAACCAUGGCUUCCAUGUUGAUUGUAUUGACAUGUGGUUCAAAUCCAAUUCCACUUGCCCUCUCUGCAGAGAUCCAGUGGCUCCCAAAUCCUCAAUCCCCACGGAAAUUAACUCUGCAGAGGAUUUGGAAUCUGGGUCUUCAAUGGAGUCUCCUAUUUUUCCAACGAAUAUUCUGUUUUGGGGGAAUCAAAUGCAGAUAAGUUCAAGAGGGGUUUGUUUGGAAGAAGCUCAAACUUCUUCUUCCUCUUCCUCUUCCUCUUCUUCAUCAUCUAACAUAAGGGCAGAUGGAAUGGUGGUUAUAGACAUUCCAAACGAGCUCUCUUCAUCGUCCUCCGGCACCAGCGGCCGUUCCGCCGGUGAAGAGAUGAAAUCAGUGGUGACAUCCAGAUUGAAAACGUUGAAAAGGCUUCUGAGCAGAGAGAGAAGAAUCGGCAACAAUCUCACUUCCCUGAAUCUUGAACAAGCAGGGAGAGCGCAGAGUUAAAAAAAGAAGAACAAGAAUCAAUGGCUUUGUUUCUAAAAUCUUUUGCACAUAUAAAAGUUAGAAGAGUCAAGUGUAAGAGCUUACAUAUCAUUCUUUGUUCCAAGCCAGAGACUGUGACCUCCAUAGUCCGGCUGUUGCCAUUGAAAAACCUGUGCACAAUUAUUUGGAUGUGAUAUUCAAUGUGCAAAUUUAGGGGUUUUGUUCAUCUUCUCAUGCAAGAGAUUGGGUUCUAGUGGAUGAAGUUCAUCCUUCUUUGUUCUGUGUAAAAUGUAUCAUCAAGGGAUCAAUCAAAUAUUAUUAACUUAAUUGAUAUUAAAGUUCGCCACCUAGUUUGAA